CCUGAGUGAGUCCUUCUCUUUGGGGAGAAAGUGAAAGUGAAAGCAUUCUCAUUCACCAGGCCGAUGAUGAUGAUGAUGGCGAUGAAGAGGGAGAUGCCUCGCUCCCCGCUCUCCGGAUCUCAGAAUCUCCUCAGCUUCCGGCAGAUCCGCAACUCCCAACAAUACUCGUAACCUUGUUUGUCUCAGAAAUUGUGGCCACAGCUCAAUAACUUAUCGUACACGGGCUAAAAUCAGUUAAUUCAUCAUCCCGUGAGGAAAGAACGGAGUAACUAAACCAGCUUUUUACGUGUACUUUCAAGGUGAAAGUAGGCCGACAUCGUGAGGUUUUCCACUGAACGUGAUAAAUACAUAAACUAGAGGUGGAGGCAACUUGAGACUUUUGAACCGUAAUUGAAUCACUACCCAAUGAAACCCUUGGACCUACAAAUUCAAUAAAAAGUUUACAUACACCACGCUCUGAUUGAUUUCAACUAAAUCAUAUUGUCCCCGAAACGGGAAGGAUUAAACAUGUCACACUCGCCCAACGAUACUACAGCACUUGGCGUGAUCACGACCACUGCACAACCCUGGUGGCGUGGGAGUUCGUUUCCAUACUCGCAGUACAAGGAUCUCAUGCCCGAAGACCAGUUCGCCAAACUGCUUGCGAUGCACGAAAACAGUGCAGCAAAUGCGGCUCUUUACGUGGCAGUCGUCCUGGCCGUGUACCUCGUCCUUUUGUCCCUCUUGCUGUGUCGUUACAUGAGAAGAAGACCUCCCAUCCGGGAGCUUCCACUCCCUUCGUUGCCAACCCCAUCAGACGUCCCUCGACCAGGGCCAACUUUUUUAGAAAUGCUGCUUAGCUGCAUGACCAAACCUUACGACGCUGUCAGACAUUGCACCCUCCGGAGCGGGGCCGGUGUGGCGAGCAUAAGUUCGGAAGAGAAUGACGAGGAGCGGUCUGGUCACGGGAGUAGAAGAGACUCCACGGUCAUCAGAAUGAACCAGUUGAGACCGCAUUCCUCCAGUUUUGAUGGGAAACCUCAGCCGCACAUGGUCAACGUCUGCGUGGAGAUGGACCAUAGAGGAGAUAAUAGUUUUCAGUUGGGUGUGGUGUAGUCAGAGAUGGAUUGUUGAUUUUGAGAGAUUAUUGUAACAACUACUGAAUACCUGGCAUGUACUAAAUAUUUUAAUAAGAUUGUUGUAAUAAUAGGAUAAUAAAAUAUAUACAUGUUUGUAAAUAUAUGGUUGUUAUCUUGCGUGAAAAUACCUAUGAAAGUGUGAAGUAUAUUAAGAUAAGUUAAUGAUAAAUGUGUUAUCAGUUUAUUUGUUAGCUAACGUCUAGAAAUUUAUAGAGAUCUGUUUUUAGGAAUACUGAAAAAUAUAUUCUAUGUUUCAAAGCCAAAAUAACAUACUGUGAUUUUCGUCUGACGAAAUGAUUUACAAAAUAUCCAUCAUGUAACCUCCAAAGUACUUACGCAAUCGUAUUAUGUCUACGAACAGCUUGUUUGGGGGUACAUAUGCAAGCUGUGCGAUACAUUAUAAUUACAAUUUGUCAUAGUAUGGCAUCAAACGUUAUGUAAAUAUAUGUAUUUAA